UCCAGCGGACCUGAAAGGGCAAUGAGCCUGUCGGUGGAAUCCGUUGGCGCGCAUUGAUGGAUCCUUUAAGUCUCCCUCGCCCUGCUAGACGACGGUUAUUCGGGCCUCUUCCUCUUCGUUCGCUUUUUCUUCGCUCAGACUGUGGCAACCACCAUGUAUUUUCUAAUAAGACUCGCCGCCGUUGUCGCCUUUUCGUCCAGUGCUCUCGCGACAUGCUAUUUUCCAAAUGGGGAUGUGUCCGGCGCAGAUACUGCGUGCACCCCAAACUCCAUUGUGUCGGCUUGUUGCUUUGACGGUCAAGCAUGUUUAUCGAACGGCCUUUGCGUCUCAGAUCCUCACAGCUCAUCGCUAGCCCGGCUACACAGAGGCACUUGCACUGAUCAGCAAUGGAAGUCCGGCAACUGCCCAAAAGAGUGCACAAGUGUAGACAACAAUGGCGUCCCGGUCUACAGUUGCAACUCUACGAGUACGGACGAAUACUGCUGUUUCGAUAACUGUGAAUGUAAUUCAGGCUUCGAGACAUUUUCGUUCCAAGGCGCACCCUCGGACGUCUACACCCUCACGAUCAUCGGCGAAGACUUUACCAAUACGCAUGUAUCUACGACCGCCGCGGCAACAUCGACGUCAGGCACUUCCACAGGCUCAUCAGGCCCAUCCGCUGCAUCUGCAACCACAACCGCGACUUCAACCUCAAGCUCUAGCCCCGCCAAUAGCGAUGACGGCUCCUCAUCCAACGCAACUGCCGUCGGCGUCGGUGUAGGUGUCGGCGUGGGCGGCGCACUCCUGCUCGCAGCCGCAGGCCUCUUCUUCUGGCGGCGCAAGAAGCGCAACGACACCGAGAGCAACGCCUACGCCGGCUCAUCCAAGAACCCAGCAGAGGCCGCCAGCACGGAGUAUUACCCCCCAGCUCAGAAAUACGCUUAUUACUCGGAAGAACUAAGACCAUCCCACAGUGCCGCUCCAAUGAAUGCGCCCCCGUCCGAAUUGCCGUCAGACAACUCUGCAAACCCUGCUGAGCUCCCCGCGAGUCCGCCGCCCAAUCAGACGGGGAUGAAGAGAUAGCGGCUAUGACUGAGGCUACGAGAACAGGGGCCGAUCCCGAUGCUUCAUCGUUAUAUUGGGCCACUACCCCCUUGCGAGCGGGUUGCCUGCUCGAAACGACGCCGAUCCAAGCUCAGAGUUCA